AGGAAAUUGGAAAGAUAUUAAAUAUUAUUUCGGAAAUAAAUCAGUUGACAUUGUCAUACCAAAAAGUCAGACCUUUGAACGAUAUAAAUACAUGGAUUUUUCAUAUCUUAUUACUGUAAACCCGGUGAAAUUCGUUAUUGGUAAACCACCACAACUAUCAAAAUUAACUGCAGUAAUUCGUCCGUUUACUUUUCAGAUGUGGUUAUUAACGCUUUUCGUAUUUUUCAUCUGUGUAAUUAUAUUUACAAUUAUAUUUCGAAAAGAUGAAGAAUUGCAUAAGAGAAAACAUUCAAAAGCAUACGAUAUUGCUUGGGCCUUAUUUGGAUCAUUUUGCGAUCAAGGAAAUGAGUUAUUUUUACCUUCCGGCCACAGCUGCAGGAUGAUUGUCUCGGGAUGGAUAUUUGCAACAUUUAUUUUUACUGCUAGUUAUAGCGGUGCAUUGAUGUCCUUCAUCACAUUUCCUGGUUAUGAAAAUGUUCCCAGAACGUUUACUGAAUUAGUGAAGGCUGCAGAAAAUGGGAAAUAUACUAUAGGCAUAAAUCCUCAUAAUUCAAUUUUCGGAGUGAUUCUUCGAUCAACUGAAGGCACAGGCCUGGCCUUGAAAAAAUUAAUCGAUUCAAAUAAAUUCACAUAUUCCCAACUCGACGAAAAUUUUGCUAUUAGAUUAAUGACAGAAAGUGUUGGUUAUAUAACGUUUGAUCUUUAUAUGAAAUUGAAUCUCAAUCCUUUCGGAAUUGAAAGUUUUCUGAUAUCUACAGAUCAACUAUAUGUUAAUACUAUUGCAAUAGGUAUAAUCAAGAAAUUUCCAUACAAGAAAAACAUCGACAAAGUAAUUUUACGCUUAUUUGAAACCGGAAUUAUCAGGAAGUUCGAGAAGGAUGAAGUAAGAAGAAACAGCAUAAAUCGAUCAUCACAUUCAGAAAACUCCGAAACUAAACUUGUUUUAAACAUGUAUGAUUUGGUUGGACCAUUUUCAAUUCUAGUGGUUGGAUAUACUUUAUCACUAGUUAGUUUAUUUCUUGAAUGCUUUACAGUUAAACUAUAUCGACAUUUCUUUUAAAUAUUUAAAUGCUGUAGAGGUAAUAGGUUGAAAAUUUUGUCUUUACGCAAUGCUGCGAUGUAAAUUAAAUUUAAAUUUAGUAUUGAAAAUAUGCAAGUUUUGAAUAUUAUAAGCAAACUUUUCAUUUAAGUAAUACUUGUACAGUAUCUAUAUAUUUUUUCGCUAGAAUUACAUUACACUAAAUUGAGGUAUUCAACUGUAACUGAAUUCUUUAAGUUCUAUGAACCUUUAUAAAAUAAUAGAUUGAUAUUGAUUUUAUAUAAUGCAAAGUUUUACUAUA